GGUAACUGAUUCUCUCUGAUCUAGUGGUGUAAGAUCCCUCCUGGUGAGAAGGUGCCAAGCUCAGUAACAACGACGUCUACGUUUUUCUGAAAUUUUAUUCAAUACAAAAAAAAAGAAAAAAAAUAAACAUAAAAAGAAAAAGAAAACCUAAUCCCAAGAAGAAAUACAAUCAAACUGAAAACUCUAACUAUUCUUCUCCCUUAAAAGGGUUCAUCGUCAUCAUCAUCAUCAUCAUCAUAACGUAAUGCUAAGAAAACAGAUAAAUAAAGGAAAGAUAAAUUCGUAAGGGUUUGAUUAAGGACAAGGAACAACAGGUGUUGAAUGAUAUAAAAAUGUCAAGCAACAUGUUGCUGUUGAUCGUAUUUCUAAUCGGUAGCGUUAGAUCAGGUGAAUUUGGUGUUGAAUUUGAAUUACCAGAAACACCAAAAGAAUCUGCAGCUUUGCCACAAGAGGAAACUCAACCAGCCCCACUUCCUGGUUUACUUUAUCCUCGAGAGAGCGAAUCGCGUGAGAUAAAAUCGCUAGAUGGUUUAUGGGAUUUUAUCGCAUCACCGUCUAAUGAUAUUUUAAAAGGCUACACAGAAUUCUGGUACAUUGAUUCAUUAUCAAAGGCUGGUGAAUUGAUAAAAAUGCCAGUACCAUCUUCCUACAACGAUAUCACAACUUCAAAAGAACUCAGGGAUCAUGUCGGUGCUGUUUGGUACGAACGCAGUUUUUACGUACCCUGGUCCUGGCAAAAUCAAAGAGUUUUUCUUAGAUUUGGUUCAAUUCAUUAUUUAGCCCAAGUGUGGAUUAAUAACGAAUUAGUGAUGGAACACGAAAUAGGAAAUUUACCAUUCGAGGCAGAAAUAUCCAAAUAUUUGAUAUUCGGUGGGAAAAAUCGUGUAACUGUUGCGGUAGACAAUACAUUGCUUCAAACCAGUAUACCUCAAGGAAGAAUUAGUAACAUUGUUACCGAUAAUGGAACUAAACACUUUCAGAGCUAUACUUUUGACUUUUUCAAUUAUGCUGGUAUUCAUAGAUCUGUAUUAUUAUACACAACACCACGGGUAUACGUUGAAGAUAUAACAGUGAGAACCGGAGUGGUGGGUGAUAUGGGUAUAAUAAAAUAUACUGUGCAGGUAGGAGGUUUAAACCAAGGUGAAAUACCAAUCUGUACUGUGACCUUGCAUGAUGCAGAAGAAAAGUUGGCAAUAAAGGAGCCAGAUAAUACGCACUUAUCUGGUAUACUUAAAGUACCUAAAGCUAAACUUUGGUGGCCUCGAGGCAUGAAUCCUUCACCUGGAUAUCUUUAUACUCUUGAGGUCAGAUUGUCAAUACAAAAUAGUACCAGUUCAGAUGUUUAUAGAUUACCCAUCGGAAUUAGAACCGUGUCAUGGACGAAUACAAGUUUGCUAAUCAAUGGUAAACCAGUGUACUUGAGAGGUUUUGGAAGACACGAAGAUGCAAUUUUAAGAGGUCGUGGAUUCGAUCUUGUUACUAUGACCAGAGACUAUGAACUUUUACAAUGGGUUGGUGCUAAUUCUUAUAGAACUAGUCAUUAUCCUUACAGUGAAGAAGUUCUACAUACAGCUGACAGGCUUGGCUUUAUGAUCAUCGACGAGUGUCCAUCGGUCGACACUGAAAACUUUUCACCUAUUCUACUUCUACGUCACAAAACAUCUUUGUCGGAAUUAGUUAGAAGAGAUAAAAAUCAUCCUUCAGUCAUCAUGUGGUCUCUUGCUAACGAACCAAGAACGCAACUACAAGGUGCCGAUGUAUAUUUCAAACAAAUUGCUGAUCAUACUAAAGCUUUAGAUCCUACUAGACCAGUUACAAUUGCUUUAGCUAGAAGUGUUCAGGAAGACAAAGUUGGUCAAUAUUUAGAUGUAAUUAGUUUUAAUCGUUACAAUUCUUGGUACGUCAACCCUGGUAGAUUGGAUACUAUUAUCGAUCGAGUUAUUACUGAGGCCGAAGCUUGGCAUAGAAAAUAUAAAAAACCAGUACUUAUUUCUGAAUACGGCGCUGACACUUUGCCCGGUGAACACGAGUUGCCCAACUAUAUAUGGAGCGAAGAAUAUCAAACUGAAAUGUUUUCUCAUCAUUUUGAAGCGUUUGAUCGUUUAAGAAACGAAGGUUUCUUCAUCGGUGAAUUCAUUUGGAAUUUUGCAGACUUUCGAACAGCUCAAAAUUUCUACAGAGUAGGAGGAAAUAAAAAAGGCAUAUUUACGAGAGACAGACAACCAAAAAUGGCAGCUUAUCAUGUUAGAAAGAGAUACUAUGCAUUAGAAAUGGAAAUAGAUGGAACGCCAUUACCACAUAAUCUCGAAAAUUAUGUUUCUAAUUAUUAUUCACCGCACACGGAACUGUGAAUGCUAUUUUGUCUUUCUUUC